AAUUGAAACGUUUAGUUGGCGGAGGCCAUUUCUAUAAGCUGAUGCAGCAUGGUGAAGUCGAACUUACCAGUCGGUCGUUCAUUGACGAUUUCCAACAUGAAAUGAUCACUUAUAACCGAGCGCAAAUAGCACACAAUGCCAUUGAUACGAAUGUUGCCUCUGUUCCGUCUUUCGCUACACCAACUUCUUCUUCGACUACUACUGCCACCACCACUAUUAUUCCGUCUACCACCACUACCACUGCCACGAAUCACAGUGUGCCUGCGCCAUCUCUUGUUGCAGCUGCUGAUAGAUCUAUCUCCAAAAAAAAUCAGCAUCGUAACGAGAAAGAUAUGCGGGAUACCAUUUUUGGUCGAUAUAGGCAAGCCGUACAGCAAUUUUACGGCGUUCAUAUCGAUGACAAUGCCAAUAUGCCCUGGAAGGAUGAACGGAUGUAUGAGGAUAUUGUCAUGGAAGGAUGGCCGGAUAUUCCGCGCGAUCAUCCUUCUCGUUUGUCCCGACAUGCGAAAUUUGAGCUUGCUGGAUGUUUGAACAACAUUCGAUUCGUGCUAGCACCAAGACAGCAACAACAGCAGCAGCACUAAAUAAGGAAAAUCCUUUUAAGAUCGCUUAAUAUAUAUACUACAUAUUUACGACUGACAAUCCGGAUCAAUAGGUUGCUUUGUCUAUUGGUUUUACGUAGACGCCAUGAAGGUUUUUGUGAGAGUAUGGUAUCACGGUAAUACUUAGACUCCAAUGUAUGGCGUUUCUCUGGUAGGUUAAAAUAUAUAAUUAAGCGGUAAGCAAUGAUAUAAUAGCAGCUAGCGAAAAACUUAAUCUAGUGGAAUAUGAGUUAUUAUUUUUAGUUUGUAUAUGUCUCGAGUGACAUACUUUAAUACCACAAUUGUACUUGCAUCUUCUUCAUAAAGGAUAUCUGAGGCUAUAUACGUCCUAUCUAUUUUGUGGGUUUAUAUUACUAUAUGAUAAGUAAAACGAGCAAAGAGACCGGGGUAUCAUAGCUAUCUAUGGUUAUGGUACAACCUCAAAUCUCUCAUUGUUA